AGAUCAGAUGCGCAACUAUCUGCAACAUCCAGGCUGAGCAUUUUCCUUACAUCUUUGCUCAUCCUGGCACAAGUCAACACUGUGGAGCAACUUUAUUGCAGAUGGAUAAGGCUAUUGCUCUGUAGUUUUACAAGCCUGGUGCACAGUGCGUGUGUGUAUGCGUGACAAGAUUUACACUGUUGCCUGCCUGGGCAUCGUAAGGUUCUGUGGGAGAUUAACAGCCCUUCAUCAUCACACUGUGCGUCCUAGCCUACUUGGCGCUCGAACCUGAUCAUCAGUGGAAGUGCUCGGAGCUGCAGCAGCCCAAGUGUGACACCCCUCCACUGUAGACUGUGUGCUCAGGCUGGCCGGCUGCUGCACAGGCACCAUGGAGCAAAAAUCCCCGAAGGCUGAGACGGGACAAGAGUCUAUGUCCUACCAGCGGAGGAUGUGGAAGAAUUUCCAGGUGAAAACCAAACCGUGGCUCAGCCCGAAACUGGGGUCAGAGCGCCGCGGUGCCGGUGGAGCAGAAGGCAGUAAGAAGGAGUCCGGCUUAUGGAUGUUUAAGAGGAAAAAGAAACAGCUGGACCGUGUGUUCUCGUCUUCUCAGCCGAAUCUGUUCUGCUCUUCGCCUGCGCCUUUUGAAGGAGACCAGAAGUCCUUUGGCAGUGACUCGGUCCCCAGCACCAGCAGUGACGGACAGCCGCUGUUACAGACCCUGGGCGCAGCGUCCGGAGCCACAGGGAGCAAACCCGAGCUGACAUCACAUGGAAGCCCCAAACUGCCCGUGUCCCAGCUGAUUAUGUACCAACAGAAGAGCUCCUCUCUUGGGUCGGCGUGCUUCGAGAAACUGGUGGUGGAUCCGGCCGCGAUGGUGGCAGAGGAGGAGCAGCUGCGUAAAAACGCAAGUGAUUCUGGCAUCAACAUAGUGGAGCCCAGUAAUGCAGAGCCCCCGCCCAGGCCUCCAAGCCCAGCCAUGUACCAGCUGGAUAUUGUCCUAAAGAAAGGGAAUAACCUGGCCAUCCGAGACCGGACAGGCACCAGUGACCCAUAUGUGAAAUUCAAGAUCGCAGGCAAAGAGGUGUUUAGGAGUAAAACCAUCCAUAAGAACCUCAAUCCAGUAUGGGAUGAGAGAGUCAGCCUCCUGGUGGAAACAUUACGGGACCCCCUGUACGUCAAGGUCUUUGACUAUGACUUUGGUCUUCAGGAUGAUUUCAUGGGCUCAGCGUACCUCCACCUGGAGUCACUGGAACAUCAGAGGAUGCUGGAUGUGACACUAGACCUGAAGGACCCACAGUACCCUGAACAUGACCUCGGCACCCUGGAGCUAGCUGUUACUCUGUCACCAAAGGAAGGAGACAUGAGGGAUGCUACCAUGCUUUUGAGAAGGAACUGGAAACGAUCUAGUAAGUAUCAAAGUAUGCGUCUGUCAGAUGUGCACAGAAAAGCCCAGCUGUGGAGAGGAAUAGUAAGCAUCAGUCUGAUCGAAGGUCGCUGCCUCCAGCCCAUGGACGCCAACGGCCUCAGCGACCCGUAUGUCAAGUUCAGAAUGGGUCACCAGAAGUACAAAAGCAAGACAAUCCCCAAAACAUUAAACCCGCAGUGGAGAGAGCAGUUUGAUUUCCACUUGUAUGAUGAGCAGGGGGGCUUCGUGGAUAUAACAGUCUGGGAUAAAGAUGCUGGCAAAAAGGAUGACUUCAUGGGAAGGUGUACGAUUGACCUGUCGCUUCUCAGUAAAGAACAUACACACAAGCUGGACCUGCCGCUGGAGGAAGGUGAAGGUGUGCUGGUGCUGCUCGUCACACUCACAGCUUCUGCUGCUGUUUCCAUCUCAGAUUUGUCAGUCAACAUGCUGGAUGAUCCGCAUGAGAGACAUCUGAUCAUGCAGAGAUAUAGCCUGUGGAGAUCCUUUCACAACCUAAAAGAUGUUGGUGUGGUGCAGGUUAAGGUCAUCAGAGCCGAGGGACUGAUGGCAGCAGAUGUCACAGGUAAGAGUGACCCGUUCUGUGUGGUUGAGUUAAGUAAUGAUCGGCUGCAGACGCACACAGUGUACAAAAACCUCAACCCUGAGUGGAACAAGGUCUUCACGUUUAAUGUGAAGGACAUCCACUCGGUGCUUGAGGUCACCGUUUACGACGAGGACCGAGACAGAAGUGCCGACUUCCUGGGAAAAGUGGCUAUUCCUUUACUAAAUAUCCAAAAUGGAGAACGCAAAGCCUACGCCUUGAAAAGCAAGGAGCUGACAGGGCCAACAAAAGGGGUCAUCUUUCUCGAAAUAGACGUGAUUUUUAAUGCUGUAAAGGCUGGUCUCAGAACAUUGAUUCCCAUUGAGCAGAAGUACAUUGAAGAGGAACCCAGAGUUUCCAAACAGCUGCUGUUGCGCAACUUCAACCGAGUCAGACGCUGUAUCAUGUUCCUGAUCAACACAGGCUGCUACAUCAACAGCUGCUUUGAAUGGGACUCUCCACAGAGGAGCAUCUGUGCUUUUGUGCUUUUUGUUAUCGUCGUAUGGAACUUUGAACUCUAUAUGAUUCCUAUGGCUUUGCUGCUGCCCCUGGCCUGGAACUACAUCCUUAUUGCAUCGGGGAAGGAUACCAGACAAGAUGUGCAAGCAGUGGAGGACCUGCUGGAGGAUGAGGACGAGGAUUUUGACAAAGAUGACAAGGAUCCUAAACCAGACCCCUGGGAGGACAGCCGUGAUAAAAACCAUAUCCUCGAGGAUAUGUUGGCUUCCUGGCACUUUGAGUGGAUACGAACGAUGGUGGACUCUGAGAGAAAGGGCUUCAUGAACAAGCUUUACGCCAUUCAGGACGUGUGCAUCAGCGUGCAGAAUGCACUGGAUGAAGUGGCCUCCUAUGGCGAGAGGAUAAAGAACACUUUUAACUGGACUGUGCCUUUCUUAAGCUGGCUGGCCAUUGUGGCUCUUGGAGUGGCCACCAUCAUUGUCUAUUUCAUCCCUCUACGAUACAUAGUUCUAGCCUGGGGGGUGAAUAAAUUCACCAAAAAGCUGCGAGACCCUUACACCAUAGAUAACAACGAGCUGCUAGACUUUCUGUCCAGAGUGCCCUCAGACGUACAAGUGGUGCAGUACCGAGAGCUGAAACUGGAUCCCAAUCCCAGUCCAAAUAAAAGGAAGAAAAACAACCCCGGGUAGAUGACUGUGUCCGCCCACCAACUCUUCUCUUCUCCACUUUUCUUGGUCUAUUACUGGACACUGAGGAGCAGAGGAAGACCGCUUUGGACCAGCUCGGCUCAGCUAUCCUUCGCUUUUUUUUUUUUUUUUUCUUCUUCUCCUUAAAUCUCUUUCUGUCUUUGAUUACUCAUGAUGUACAGUAUACUUUCCUGAGGUGUAAUUUUUGUAUAAAAAAAAGACUAGUACAAGAAAUGUCUUGAAUUAUUCUUAAAACCAUUAUGCUUUGAUUGAUUUUAAAGGAAAGGAAGGAUUGAUGGGUUGACCUUUUUCUCAGCUGUGUAAGCCACUCUCCUCGUUACUUGUCUCCAUCACCCUGACAGCUUGGAGGACUCUGUUCACUCGCCACAAGUGUCACACAAUGACUAAAAUGAGUUUUAACAUUUGAACUCACUUUUCCAAAAUGACAUAUUCAGUUCACUCACGUUCAUCAAAAAUAGAAGCCUUAUACCAACAUUCAGCAUUUAUCGCUCUGCAAUAGAAGGCAUUUUUUUCAACAUUUAUUUAUUAAAUGAUUUUUGGAAUAUGUUUAUAUUUUUUAAUUGUUUUUGUACUGAAGUAUCUUUUCUUUCUUGUGGACUGUGGUGAUAAUGUUACGUUCACUGGGAGUAAUUUGAAUUGUCUCCACUUAACUCAGCCAACCGAGCUGAUUAGCAAUUACAGUGGUAGCCUCCAGAUAUAUCCUGUUCCAUGAACACAAAACUGGACAAACAGUCUGCAGGCUUGUGGUGGUGUCUGUCUCUGCUUUAAUGCAGUGUCUAGAUUAGGUUUUGAACAUUUAAUAUAAAAAGAUGUUGCUUUUUCUCCAUGUAUUACAGUGGUUAUACUCUGAAAUACAGUGGAUCUGCACUUCUCAGAAUGGAUUCUGACUAGGGCUGUGUGAUAUGACCAAAAUCUUAUGUCCCAACAUAGGUAAUUACAUAUCAAGAUACUGGUACAUAUCACAAUAUAGCACAUUCAUUUAUUCAUUUUCUGAACUGUUUAGUCCUUGAGAGGGUCACAGGGUCGCCGGAGCCUAUCCAACUGGCUACCAACAGGCAACGGUGGGGUACACUGGAUGUUACAUCAGUUCGAUAUAGCACAUAUUCUGUAAAAAUAAAACACCCACACAGACAUAUCGAUUUCAUACAGUUUGAAUUCGGUUCUCACCAAAUAAACUGAACCAUUUGUUCAUACCUUCAGUUAAAACAUGUAACAAAAUGUGUAAAAUCCUAAACAGAAUGUGAAAUGUCCAGUUUGUCUCAGACUUUUCAUGCAUAAAAUAUGUCCAUGCAGUUGCAGUAGCCUCUCUUUUACGUAGCAGAUCCUCAACUUGUCCUUGACUUGUGUCUUCUGUCACAUUCACUAUCCUCCAUGUUUGUACUGCCUUAAUAGUGGUGUUCAUCUCUGUAUUUGCCAUCCAAAUCAAGAAAAAUAUGCUGUAAAGAGUAUGAGCUACAGCUCAGUGGAGAAAUCUGUAACAUUACAUGAAAUGAUGAUCAUGAGGGGACAUUUGUAUGUUGCAUGAUGUAUGUUGUCAUUUCGUACAGCCCUAAUUUGGAUAAAAUAUUGUUAGAAAAUAGAAACCAGAGUAAAGUUCAGUAAUAGUUAGCAUUAGCCAUUCAACCUUAAAUGCCACUACUGUAAAUGCCCAGAUAAUUUUUGCUGCAGCCUUAUGUAACCCUUGUCAAACACCCAGUCAGUCUGUCUGGAGGAGCAGCAGACUGAGCAGUUGAGGUGUUAAUAUAGAUGUCACCCAGUCUAUGCAGAGAGUCGCCAGGCAGGCAGGCAGGCAGGCAGGCCUUUAGGCAGCCACAGUCCUAAUCUGGUUUGAAAGGCUGGUCUCCUUUCCUCUCAUCUCCCUGUGUGUUUGCCUCAGCGGCCACACACCACACGGAAGCUUUCAUUUACCGCCAUGCAGAUACAUAAAGACUCACAAAGACGAACACGGGCUCACACUCAUUCUGUACCUUCUCCCGCACAGAUAAAACCUACCAUCCCACUUGAGCAUGCACUUUUUCCUCCCUCUCAGACACACACAUACAUACACACAAAAAAAAAACUCAUGCUCUGUGUGAUGCUGUGCCCCAGGCUGGCCGCCCUCUCCAUCUGCCCCACCUCCUGUGCCCACAGCUCAACUUUGAUCUGUGUUUCCAGAGACACAAGCUUGCGUAUGUGAACUGUGUAUGUAAGAGUGUUUGCGUAUACACGUUUAUGCAAUCAAAGACAUGUUGCUUUUCUCAACGUCGGUGUGCUUCUCAAUUGUUUCUCCCCUCCAGCUGUAGACUGAUGUGCAGAUUCAGUCUGUGUGUGUCAGCAUGUAAAAAAUAUGUGUGUGCUGUAGCAGAAGUGCCAGCUGUUACUUGGUGUGGAGUUUGCUGGUGUAGAAAGCCAUCAGUUAGAUGAGCAGCGAGUCGCUUUGUGACAAGGCUCGGAGGGGACUUAGGCCUGAGAUGUCAGCCGUGGAGGGAUAUGUGUGUGUGUGUCUGUGUGGGUGUAUUUUAUGCUAUUUCGGAUCCGGCUUCCCGUCAUGCUUCUCCCCGUUUUCUUCUCUGCGGUUCCCUCAUUCGUCAGCGAGCAGGGUUGCGACCCUGUCUGAAGGGACGGUCUCCUGGGCUUCUCUCUGAGCAUCUGUUGAAAGAUCACAGCUCAGACUACAUUUGAGAAGGUCUCCUCUCAUCCCACUGAUCCCUGCCUUCCAUCUUUACCCCCUCUCCAUCUUUUUGUUCCCUUUCCCCCUUUUCUGUCUGUCUGUCUGUCUCUCAACUCCCUCCCCAGCUGCAAAUCGAGCUCUUCUCUGCCAUUUUGUCAUCCCCUCACCCUUUCUGUCUAACUGCUUGCCAUUGCCUCUACCCUCAACUGCGCCCUCCCUCCCUCCCUCCCUCUUUACCCAUCCAUCUCCAUGCUUAAAUAUCAACAGGCUCGGAUCUGUCACUCUAGAGGGCCAUUGAUUUUGUUUUGUUGUUUUGAGGAAUCCACUUGAAAGACAAUAACAGACUGUCCCCUAAGAGCAGCAUCGCAGACUGAUUAUAGCCUCCUCAACAAAUACACUCUGUUUCUCAUGAAGGAUGGCUUUUUAUAAUGCCUGAAGGGACUGUUUGAAUACCUGAUAUGUAUGUGUCUACUACUGUAUGUAGUUAUUUUACAGCAAAUUGUGGUGACUAUUGUGUGGUAUAUUGCAUCCAAAUACUUUUUCUUUGUUUUUUUUCUUUUAAAAGUCAUUUAUGAUAUGGUUUUGGCUAUUAUUGCAAGCAAACCAAAGUGUUUUUAUUUUGUGUGAUGUAGAGAAAAUAAAUUAUAUAAAGGAAUGUAUCAGACUGACAGCUGUAAAGGAAAAAAAAGCACUUUUAUUUGCACCAAGUUGAAAUGAGAUUUAUUUUUUAACAGAUAUUGUAUAUAGCUACUUAUUAAUUUAUGGUUGUAUUUUAUACAGUAUGCCUGUUGAUGGUUUGGUGAUGAUAUUGUAGAGUAGGUGUAUGCCUGCCUUAUUUUCUAAGAUCUGUCUUUUUCCGCCUGCAUCGUUGCCUGCCUGUGACAUCACCUUCAUAUACCCACUUCUGAGCAAUGACAUUUUAAGAAGGGAAGCAGCUACGACACAGUUGUGGGUCAGAAGGGACAAAAGUCAUGAGAAAAUAUGAUGUAUAUUUAUGAUCUGAGGAAUUCAAUGCAUCUGAUGUCUGUUGCUUAUUUUGAAAAAAAGAAAAAUUAACAUGAGAUUAAAUAUUUUUUAUCAUCUUCA